UUCUUUUAAGUCAUAAGUCCCUCUUUUCCGAUACGUUCGCAGUUGUGUAUUUGUAUUUGUGUUAUAAAAUCACAAAACUAAAUCUUUAGCUAUGGUGCGUAUGAACGUAUUGGCCGAUGCCCUGAUGUGCAUUAACAAUGCUGAGAAACGCGGCAAGCGUCAGGUUCUGCUGCGUCCCUGCUCCAAAGUCAUCAUCAAGUUUCUUAAUGUGAUGAUGGAACAUGGUUACAUUGGCGAAUUCGAGAUUGUCGAUGAUCAUCGUGCCGGCAAGGUUGUUGUUAACCUAACCGGCCGCCUGAACAAAUGCGGCGUCAUUUCGCCACGCUUUGAUGUGCCCAUCAACGAUAUCGAGAAGUGGACCAACAAUCUGCUGCCAUCGCGUCAGUUUGGCUAUGUCGUGUUGACUACAUCCGGCGGCAUCAUGGAUCACGAGGAAGCCAGGAGAAAACAUUUGGGAGGCAAGAUUAUUGGUUUCUUCUUCUAGAUAGUAGCUGGCCUGCAGCUGUAGAACAGAGAGAAAACAAAACCAACACCUAAACUUAUAUUAUGUAUAUGUGGAGAUGUUUCCCCUAUAAAUAAACAUUCAUUCGACAACACCUUUUAUGUUCCAGCCAAGAAAACACGAAAUAAUUUCCUCCAACGGCACCAACAACAACUAAACAACAAACUAAGCCGAGUGGCUUAAUUUUACACACAAAAAAAAAGUAGCUUAAGAUGACAGG